AGGUCGCUCAAUGCAAGUGCGGCGCGUCUCGGUUGUAACUGUACAUACUGCACCCGUCACCCGGGUGAGAUGACCUCUCAACAACCCCAAAGUGAUAGUUCUUCAUUGAUAAGGGGCAUUGUUUUGUCGCAUUCCUUAAUUCAAAUAGGCUUUAUUUGGUAUUUUGGUUGUUCACUUCAUCCACAUCCGCAUCAGCCCAUACCAUUCUGAUCCAUCACACACGCCGCCCUGCGCUUGAUUUCAAGUACGCCCGCGGCUCCCGCUUACCAUGUCCCCACAGACUCCGCGAGGGCGCCCGAGUGCCUUAAAGAGAAUAUUCUCGGGUUCAAACAAUCGUUCUAGCAGUCGCAUGUCCAGUCGCACUGCCAGUGGCGAGGAGAAGCCAAGUAGUUCCUUGGUAGAGAUGGCUCAGAAGCAGGCUAUGGGAACCUUGACAGGACCAGAUAAACUCAAUGCUGUAACGGAGCUUAUGGGCAAAUUGAAGCAAGAUCUCGACACCAUCAGUCUCUUACCUCACCAACGAGAUGCCGUCUUAGAAGAAUUGAAGAUAUACGGUAGAGACCCUAAGAACGCAGACCCAAUCUACACCAAAGACGGAAUCGAAACUCUUACUCGACACGCGUUCAACAGCCCUUCUAGCACAACCGCCCGAAAUGCCCUGCGCUGCAUAUGCAACGCAAUGCUACUCAAAGCAGAAACGCGGCAAAUAUUUGUUAACUUGGGAUUUGAGUCCAGAGCUUGCGCUCAGCUCAAAAACGAUAACCGAGACGAUGAGUUCUUGAUAUCAAGGGUCUUGUUCUUAACAACUUACGGCACAAACACCAACAUACUCGAACUUAUAGACAAACACCAUCUCGAUGACAUUAUCAUCAAGAACUUGGAACGCCACUGCAAGCAUCGACAAGGCCAGAAGUUAGUAACAGAGCCGAUGGAAGAUAUUGCUUUGACAGAGACGCUGAAGCUUAUGUUCAACAUCACUCACUACUGCAAAGACCGUACAUCUUCAUUUACCCCAGCCAUUCCCCACAUCGUCAACCUGCUUUGCAAGGUGGAUUUUACCGCGAGCAAACCCCUUGAUCCACCCAUUUCCACCUUGGUCAACGGUCUUUUGAACUUGGACGUUGGAGCCAAGGAAGUUCAAUCAUCACUUUACCCUCAAGAGGGGCCCAAUGUGUUAGCAGAUCGUUUGCUGGAUAUUUUGGUCGGCGCAAGUACGACUUACAGCAACGAUGAAUUGGAAAGCCUGGUGACGGCCCUCAUUGGUGUUAUCCGUGCCGUUCACGAAUAUGCACCAGAAGAGGUGAAGGCUUCCAUACGACGUCGAUUACUGCCGACAGAAAAGGAUAGAAAUGAGGUGCUUGGUCGAAGCGGUACGAUUUCCUCUUGGCUUCUUCGAAACUCCACAAACCCGGUGACUCCACAGCUCCGGAAUGCUAUAUCGGACCUCCUCUUCGACAUGUCAGACAAAGAUGCGUCCAAAUUUGUUGACAACGUCGGCUAUGGUUUUGCCUCGGGAUUCCUCUUCAAUCGGAAUAUACCCAUCCCACAGAGCGCGUCGGAAGCCUUCGCUAAUGCAGGAGGAUCGAGUAGGCCAGUGAACCCUGUUACAGGCCAGUUCUUGGACUCUGAGAGGCACCCGGCGGCUCCAGAGAUGAGCCAGGAAGAGAAAGAAAGGGAAGCCGAGAGACUUUAUGUGCUGUUUGAACGAUUGAGAGCUAAUGGCAUUAUUUCUGCGGAAAAUCCCGUACGUAUAGCUCAACAAGAGGGUCGAUUCGAGGAGUUGCCGGACAAUUAUGACGAAGAUGUCGAUUGAGGGUUCCAAGAUGAUGUCUCAAAGUAUGUUCAUGGAAUGCCUCCGGAAUCUUGACAGCGGACUUACGGCAUGAUGUGUAUUUGGAAGAAGUACUGGAAUGAGGUCGAGUGAGAUCGACGAUAGCCAGGAGAGGAACUUAGGUUGUAUAGCUAGUUUGCAGCUUUGGGAAAGCAUCAGACUCGGUGAGCACGUUGCUGAAAUUAUUGCGGCUCCUAUUCUCCAGCAUGAUGGUGGAGAAGUAGUGAACGGUGGCAGCAUCAACAAACGAAUGCAGCUUUUGCAUGAUAUCACUAGUUUAAAACACAAAUUGUGAUCUGCCUCUGCGCGC